AUGCUUCAAAGAACUGUUAUUAGGCUACAUUUACAACAACAAAUGAGAGCAGCAGCAAUUGCAACAUCUGUGCAUGGAAGUGGUUCAGAAAAUUAUUCAAUUCAUUCACUUGAACAAAUGCCAUCCACCUAUUUUCCUAUAGACCAUCCUUGCACUAUUCCAGCUGAUGGACAACCACAUAAGAUUGAUAUUGCACAUAUUGAACUUUUGCCUACUUAUUGGCAUGAAUGUGUUCCUUCUCGGAUGUCAAGUGCAUUCAUCAAUGCGAAGUUGGUAAAUUGUUCGCCAUUACCACUACUUCCUGGGCCACUUUCUGUCUUUUUCAACAACAGCUUUGUGUCUACUAGUAAUUUAAAACUUGUACUUCCUGGAGAAGAGUUUCGCUGUUUAUUGGGUGUAGAUCCAGCCAUCAAAGUAGAAUACAAAAGGGCAAAUACUUCAAACGAGCAGUUCGGUUUUAUGACAAAGAAAAGUUUAUCAACACAUGAACAAGCAAUUUCUUUACGAAAUGCAAAGGCUAAUCAAAGUGUUCAAAUAACAAUACGUGAACCUGUACCGAAAGCUGUUGAUGACCAAGUUAAGAUUGCUCUAAUCCAUCCAGACCUCAAAGCCCAAAAAUCGGAAUGUCGACUAAACAAAGAGCAUAAUUUGGAAUGGACUGUUAAACUUGCACCCGGUGAACAGCGCGAACUUGUUGUUAAGUGGACAGCUGAAUAUCCGGCACAGGAGGUGAAAUAUAGUUCUCAAAAAUUUUUGGUGGGGAAAAAUAGAAAAUUUUGAGAGAAUUAUAUAAUUUUGGAAAAAGUUUCAGG